UCUCUCUCUCUCUCUCUCUCUCUCUCUUUCGCUUUCUCUACACUUUCUAAAAGUUACUUUCAGUCUUGUUUAUGAAAUCAACAGUGUUCAACUUCACGCAUCUGCUUUCCCAUACCCUAUGGCUAUUCCCAUACCCUAUGGCUAUUCCCAUACCCUAUGGCUAUUCCCAUACCCUAUGUAUGUAAAGUCAGAUUGAGUCACAGUGGCUGCCAGCUGGUGUAUGAAACCAUGAAGAAAACUCCCUGUCAUGUUUUUGUGCCCUUCGAACUCGCUGACACCUAUAAAUAUGUAUGGGAAAACACAUGCCGCCCACAUCUGUCAAUGUUGUGCCUUACUCAUCUUUAGCCUUACUAGCCUAUAGUUCCUCGCUACAGAGAUGAUAGUGGUUUUGUCACCUUCUCUUUGCCCGUACUGUCAUACUUGAGUAAAAGUAAAGAUACCUUAAUAGAAAAUGACUCAAGUAUAUGUGAAAGUGAACUGAAUUUGAAAACUGAAUCUAAAUGCAUCUGAGAUGUUGAAUAUGUGAAAUGAUGAUAAACUUGAAAUGAUAGUUUGUAAACUUGAUACGCAGACAAUGAAUGCAAUAUCCACCACAUUGAAACAGAAUAUAUAAAUAUUGAAUUAGAAUAUUCAAUUAAAUUGUAAUAGAAUUUUAAAACUGAAUGCAAUAUUCAUUCAAAUAAUUUUCAAAUCAUGAAAUACAUGUUCAAGUUAUUAGUUCAAUGAUUACAGUUGUGCAUUGCAAAUGUAAAAAUAUUGCAUUUAAAUUCAAUAUCUUAAUGCAAAUAAAAAAGUAUUGAAUUCAAAUACAGUUUCUGUUGUCACUGAUAUCGCUCUGUAAUCGCUCUGUAAUCGCUCUGUAAUCGCUCUGUAAUCGCUCUGUAAUCGCUCUGUAAUCGCUCUGUAAUCGCUCCAUCGCUUUCCUGCCCCGCAUCCAAAAUGUAACAAGUACUUUUGGGUGUCAGGGAAAAUGUAUGGGAGUAAAAAGUACAUAUUUUCUUUAGGAAUGUUAGUGGAGUAAAAGUAAAAGUUGUAAAAUCAUUAUUUUUAAACACUGAAAAUCCAAUGUUUCUAUGUCACAGUUUUUUUUUUUAACUUUUCAGUGUACUGUGAUGCUUAUAAAGUGUAAUAUUGGGAUGCAAACUCAAAAUGUAAUACAUUUAAACUAUAUCUGACAUGGUACAGGUGUCUUCUUUUCUUAAAGCUCAUAACCACUGUGUGUGAGGUGUAUACUUUGGUUUCAAAGUAGAUUUGUUUAAGACUACCAAGAACACCCUGUGUAACCCUGAUUUAGCCCACUGCAGUAAAAGGCUUCAAGUAGUGCUUCAAAGUAUUUUUCUUAGGGUAAAUCCAUUUGAAUUCAAUCACUUUUUGACAGCAUCCCUUUUGAUUUAAACAAAACUUUUCAUGCAUGUUUGCCCAUGGUCAGAAAGAGACUUUUUGGACCUGAAUGCCAAAACAUUCAGGAGAUAAAAGUGCUCAGUUGACCCGCUUUGCAUACCAUACUAUGAGACAUCCAUGUCUUCAUCACCGUAAAAUCUAGAUGAUGUAAAAUAGGGUCUAAGCUACAACAUAUGGGAAAAGAAUCCGAGUUUAUGCAUUCAAACUCAAACGUUUGACGUUCUUGUGUUGUGCUCGCCAUCAGUUGAGACAAAGCAUGCUCUUGAAUACAGGGUGGGUGUCAUUUCAAUCAUAUAUAAUUCAUUGAAUGGAACUAUCCUUUCAGACCACUGCAAUUUAGCUGGUAUGCCAUUGACAUUUUAAUUGAAUUUACAUUUUUACUUCUAAUUACUACCACAAAGAUGGUCACGGGUCCACCCACUGUUGAAUGUAAACUUAAAUAUCUAUUCUAUUAUCUAUAUUUCUAUGAUUUCAAUAGGUUUCCUAUGGAAGAUUGACAGUAUCAUUUAAAAAACAGAUAUUCCCAUUCAAGACAAAGGAGAUGAUUGUGGACUACAAGAAUAGGAGGACCGAGCACGCCCCCAUUCUCAUCGACUGGGCUGUAGUGGAGCAGGUUGAUAGCUUCAAGUUCCUUGGCGUCCACAUCACCAACAAACUAUCAUGGUCCAAGCACACCAAGACAGUUGUGAAGAGGGCAUGACAAAGCCUAUUCCUCCUAAGGAGACUGAAAAGAUUUGACAUGGGUCCUUAGAUCCUCAAAAGUUUCUACAGCUGCACCAUCGAGAGCAUCCUGAUGGGUUGCAUCACUGCCUUGUAUGGCAACUGCUCGGCCUCCGACCGCAAGACACUACCGAGGGUAGUGUGUACGGCCCAGUACAUCACUGGGGCCAAGCUUCCUGCCAUCCAGGACCUCUAUACCAGUGUCAGAGGAAGGCCCUAAAAAUUGUCAAAGACUCCAGAAACUUGGGCCUCCCGAGUGACGCAGUGUUCUAAGCUGUGCCACUAGAGAGUCCAGGCUCUGUCGCAGCCGGACGCGACCGGGAGACCCAUGGGGCGGCGCACAAUUGGCUUAGCGCUGUCCGGGUUAGGGGAGAGUUUGGCCGGCAGGGAUGUCCUUGUCCUAUCGCGCACUAGCGACUCCUGUGGCGGACCGGGCGAAGUACACGCUGACACAGUCGCCAGAUGUACGGUGUUUCCACCGACACAUUGGUGCGGCUGGCUUCCAGGCUAAGUAGGCAUUGUGUCAAGAAGCAGUGCUGCUUGGUUGGGUUGUGUUUCAGAGGAUGCACAGCUCUCAACCUUCGCCUCUCCUGAGUCCGUACGGGAGUUGCAGCGAUGGGACAGGACUGUAACUUCCAAUUGGAUACCAUGAAAUUGGGGAGAAAAAGGGGUUACAUUUAAAAAUAAUAAUAAUAAGACUCCAGCAACCCUAGUUAUAGACUGUUCUCUCUGUUCUCUCCCCCCCACCUUCCUUUUACGCUGCUGCAUAGUCACUUUAAUACCUCAAUUACCUCAACUAACCGGUGCCCCCGCACAUUGACUCUGUACCGGUACCCCCUGUAUAUAGCCUCGCUAUUGUUAUUUUUACUGCUGCUCUUUAAUUAUUUGUUACUUUAAUUUAUUUAUUUAUUGUAUUUUUCUUUAAACUGCAUUGUUCGUUAAGGGCUUGUAAGUAAACAUUUCACUGUUGUAUUCGGCAUAUGUGACAAAUAAAAUUUGAUUUUAAUUUAAAGUCAACAUUUUCUAGUGUGUGGACUUUCGACCAUCUCUUUGGUACCAUUUGAAGGUUAAAAUUUCAAUUUUAUUCCCAUUUUAGUAAAUUUAUCAGCCAAAACAUGACACCCACCCUGUAUUCAAGAGCAUGUUGUGUCUCCACCGAUGGUGGGCACAACACAACAACCUCAGAUUAAGUAAAGUAGGGUCUAAGCUACAACAUCUGAAUAUGAUAAAAAUCGGAGUUGACACGUUUUUAGAUAAUUGACAUAUACGGUUAUAAAAUGACAAAUGUUAUACCCCCCAAAUUUCCAAUAAAUUAUUGAAUAGUUUGACACCCCUGUUUGUAAGCUUUUAAAUGAUAUCAAUCUCAACCAUUUGUCAUUUCCAGUGAUGAAGACAUGGAUGUCUCAUUAUUGUGGGGUAUAAAAAAUAUGUCAAUUUUGAGCACCUCUAUCUCUUUAAUGUUUUGGCAUUCAGGUCUAAGAAGUCACUUUCUGAGCACUUCUACAAUGGGCCAGUAUGGAUGAAAGGUUUCGUUCAUUUUAAAAGUUACUUUACAACUGUACUUUAUCUACAGUAUUUCAUAAAAUAAUAGAUAAAAUACCUGGGUUUAUUGAUUAUUAAAAUUAUUUUUUUGUUGUCAUAACAAGAAAACAUGUUAUAAACGCAGAAGGGAAAUCAAAUAAAUCAUAGCCUGGCUCUUUUGCCAACUCCUUAUGGAAUUGUCAUGCCUGGCUUGAUAAUGGAGUAGGCAUAAGCAUAAACAGAUCUUGGACCAGGCUAAAAUACAUUUUCAUAGAAGAAUAUGACCUCAUCAGUUGCUAAUUUACCAGUCCCAGGGUCAAUGUGACCAAAGUCAACCUAGACUUUGAGGUGAUGCUUUGCUUUCACUCCCUCCUUUCUUUCCAACCACAACUCACAGUGAAGAAAAAACUCCAUCGCAUCGAGCCUCAACUCAAGUGAAAAAGGGGGGAAACCCUGUCUAAAGAACAUGUCUCUGAAAUGCAGCAUGGUAUGCAGCAGACCGAUUUGUUUGUACAAGGACACUACAAGACACGCUAGAGGAUGAAGAGCCAACAGCACACCUCCAGAUACCUGCUGCUCCAUGUGUGGUGCGGGUUUCUCACAGUCGCAAUGGGGAUUAUGGUCGCAGUUCUCACAACAGUGCAAAUAAGCUCACCUGACAAGAGUAAUUUACCUGAAUCAAAGGAGGAAAACCAGCACCCUACAAACGGCAGUUUUCUGGCUCAAUUGAAUUCAUCAAAGGCUCCCUGUCUCUCAUAUAUCCAGCUGACCAUGGGAACAUUAUCUUGGGAGAAUGACCAUAAUGUCCCCGUCUGUGGCUCUUGCUCCCUCGUCCUCCGCCACAACUCUGUCUACAUCAGAUCUGAAGGCUUCUACUACUUCUAUGUCCAGGUCACCUUCACUAGGCACACCGGAGGAGAGGGGAAGAGGAAGGUGACUCUGUUCAAAAAUGGCAUUCAAAAUAAGACCCAGCAAAGGAAACUGAGUGAAGUCGUGUAUCACGGAGAGAAAGGGGGCACUGUAUUCAUGUCCAGGAUGGUAAAGCUCCAACAUGGUAACAGUCUCAGCCUUGAGAUAACAUCAGAGAAUAAUAGUUUUAGGUAUGGGGGAGAGAAUACCUACUGGGGGGCAUAUCAGCUCCCCCCAUGUUAAGCCAACAGACAUUGUUAUUGAGACUUAGUUCAAGAUUGAACCAAAGAAGCUGUUAAAACAUUGUUUUUUUUUAAAGUGUGCGGUAGUUACUAAACUGAAUUUAUUUUGUGAAAACUGUAACUGUUAUGCAUAUGCAUUGUUUGUUUUGCUGAACAGAUUUGAUUUUAUAAUGAGGUAACAGAAUACAUCGUCAAACUAUGUAUUUGUGUGUGUGUGAUUUCUUGUGAUAUUAAUGAUAUCUAUCGUGAUGUGAAUUAGUCGAUGCUAGAUAUUAUAGAUGGUAAAUAAA